AUGGCGGUACAUCAGGCACUGAGCCGGGCCGAAUUCAUCAAAUCGCCGGAGAUCUUCACCUUGCAGGCUGCAGUACUAUAUCUACUAUGCGCGCGCGUGGAUGGAGAUACAAGGCUUGUAUGGGUCCAGUCAGCCGUGAUCAUUCGUCUUGCGCAGUCGCAGUGUAUACACCGUGAUGGGAAGAAAAUUGGGCUAGCGCCAUUCGAAACGGAGAUCCGUCGACGUCUUUGGUGGCAUAUUUGCAUAUUGGACAUGCUCUGUUCAGAAGACCAGGGCGUAGAUAUGCAAAUCCGGCCCGGAACUUUUGAUACCCGGUUUCCAAGCAAUGUCGACGGGGCCGAUCUUAAACCGCAUAUGCUAGAGCUUCCGCCCGAGAGGAAGGGCUUUGCAGACAUCACCCUUUGCAUAAUGAACUCUUUCAUGAUUAACGAAGUGCAUCUAUCAACACAGCCCCUGAAUUCCGUCGCAUCACUGCAAGAUAGGAGGGACCUGAUCAAGUCUGUGGGUGCAACCCUCCAUGAGCGAUACCUCGAUCAUUUCAAUCUGGGAAUUCCAAUCCAUUGGGUAUUCGCCACAAUCGUUCGUCUUUACUUAUCCAAAGCAUGGGUCUCGGAACAUAAGCAACUACCAUCUUCAGGUCUGCACGGGCCGCGGUCAGAAUAUCAAAGCUCGGUCUUUCGCACUGCGGUUGAGCUUGUCGAAUUUGCAUAUUUCUUGCAGACAAAUGAUGUCACGACGCAAUGGGGCUGGCUCUGUAGGAGCUACAAGCAGAAAGAGGUCAUUGCUUAUAUUCUCGAUGAGAUAAGCACUCGCCCAAACGAUCCCGAGACGAAUCGUGCUUGGGAAGUAGUGACCAAGACCACAUCCCUGUGGAUGCAAUGUUCCUCGGGCGCGGGUCGCGUGCCCGAGGAGCCUUUGCUUGAGCUCAUCCAACGUGCUGACAUGCUACGAGAAACAAAAAUGAAAAUUCAAACUACCAUACAAAUGGACGGUUUGGUUGGAGAGCCUCCCGUUGGAGAGAACGUGGAUCCCGAGUCGUGGAAUCAAUUUGCAAUACAGCGACUUCUUUUCUCUAGGGUGAAUAUGUCCGGAUCAUACAGUAAUUCAUCUGCUCUUGCAUGGCUCCAGGGAAUCUGGCCCUAUCAAAGCAUCAAUGAUCUGUCAUUUACCUAG